AAUCACCUCGCAUCGCGACCAUUUUGGGUUUGCCUUCCCUCCUUUGUUAUCCCCAUCCCACAGGACUUCAACGACAUGCCCGAGCUUCCAGAGGUCGAACGUGCCCGUCGGCUCAUUGCCGAGACCUGCAUGGGCUACACGAUUAGCGAGAUUGACGCAGUGGACGACAAGAUUGUCUAUUGCGGAGAAGGGGAACAUGUGGCGUUUCUCAAAGGCCAAGAGCCAACGUGGUACCGCAAGAAGGACUAUGAGACGUCUGAUGUGUGGCCUCCCAAGUCUCACGCUAGUGUCAUGAAGCUGUCGCCCCCGGCAGGCUCGGAGCCCCAAGAGCUCGCAUUCAUCGACGUUCGGCGCCUUGGUCGAUUGCGCCUCGUCCCUGACCCCGUUCUCUCACAUCCACCUCUUUCAGAGCUGGGCUUUGACCCAGUCCUCGACCACCCGCCGUUGGACGAGUUCAGGGAGCUCAUCAGCAAGAAGAAGGGCACGAUCAAAGGUCUGAUUAUGGACCAGGCGUUCAGUGCGGGCGUGGGCAACUGGGUCGCAGAUGAGGUGCUGUACCAGGCUAGGAUACACCCCAUGUGCCCGGUCAACCUGCUCACCGACCACGACGUGUCCGAGCUGCAUCGCCUGCUUCGCGAGAUCCCUGUCAAGGCCAUCGAGGUCAAUGCGGACUCGGAACAGUUCCCUGAGGACUGGCUCUUCCGGUGGCGCUGGGACAAGGGCAAGAAGCCGAAGGCGAAGAAGGCCAAGGGGGAGAGUCAAGAUGCCGAGGAGGAGGAUGUCAAGCCGAAGGGCAUAGAAUUCCUGGCUCUGCCUGAUGGCAGCAAGGCGACCAUCUCGUUCGUCACGGUCGGUGGCAGGACCAGCGCUGUGGUGAACGAACUUCAAAAGCUGCCGUCUAGCGGCGGGAGCGCCAAGGCAAACGGCAGUAACGCGACGCCGAAGAAGCCGAAGGCUGCUGCGAAGAAGCGGCCGGUCGACUCGGAUCUCAGUGAUUUGAGCGACACCGAGGUCGACGAGCCGGCCAAACCGGCACCGAGGGCAUCCCGAGGAGAGCGCGCCGCCCGCCGCGGUGCCCCCGAGGCCAAGGAUGUCAAGGUCAAGGUGGAGACGCCGGCGAAACCAACGUCAAAGCGUUCGAGGCGAUAG